AUGGGAAACGACAAGAUGCACACGCUUAGCCUCGACGUAUCCCGCGAGGCUCUGUCACCAUCGGAACGGAAAUGCCUCUCGCUACUUGAAGAUACUGGGCAAUUGAAAUUCCUCUUCCCUAGUAUAUUGAAGACUGAAUCCAAGCAUGCCAACUUAGUCGGCUUUGUGAGCUACGUAGCCGCGAACCUACGUACCCAAGGGGCAGGACAACCUGACAGCCUCGCAGACGCUUAUGCCGAAGUCGUGCACCGGUGUACCUCACAUCCGGAUUUUGGAGGCUACGGUGUCGACCAGCAUUCUACCAAGUUAUCAGCCGAACAAGAAGACGAAAUCAUCUUUCUAUGCUCAGCGUACCUUGAAGCUGUCAAAUCUGCAGCCCGAGCCCGUUCCGGCCCUGCUGUGCAAAGCUUCCGCCCAAAAGCAAGACGAGGAAUGACCAUGACGGAGAAGAUACUGGCCAUGCAUGAUGUCUCGCGUAAGGGAUUCGUGCGCCCUGGAGAUAUCAUACAGGUCGAUGUUGAUUGGGUAAUUGCGUCGGAAUUAGCCUGGAAGGGAAUGGAGGGAGUCUACGAUGCCGUUGGGAAACCUGGCAUAUUCCGUAAUGAUCGCUUCUGGCUAGCAGGGGAUCAUCGAGUUGAACCGGAAUUGUAUCAUGUUCCUCAAGUCAAGGCUCUGAUGGAUGCAAGUGAGCGGGCAAAGAAACAGUUUAAAAUGACUGAUUUCCAGGGCUUCAACUACACAAUCCUACACACCGAAUUCGUCCGCGAAAGAGCCCAACCAGGCAUGUUAGUUAUUGGUGCUGAUUCUCAUACUUGCUCUGGUGGCUCAGUCAGUUGUCUCGCAGUAGGAAUGGGAGCAACAGAUGUUAUAAUGCCAUUGGUGACAGGACAGACAUGGUUCACCGUGCCAGAAACGGUUCAUCUUCGGUUGAUUAAUGAGCCGCCAUUCGGCGUGGGCGGUAAGGAUACUAUACUAUAUAUCCUGAAGGUCUUCAAGCGAAACACUAUUGCUGCUGAUCGAGUCGUCGAGUUCUCGGGGCCAGGGUUGGCAGCAUUAUCGUGUGACGCUCGGUUUGCGAUUGCUAACAUGUGCACGGAAUUCGGUGCUGUCAGUGGGAUUUUCGCUGCGGACGAUCGCACGCUUGAUUUCGUAAAUCGAAGACGCAUCAAAAAGCACAAGAAUAAUGCCAUAUACUUCCAACCGGACAAGGACGCGACAUAUGCACAAAGUUUCGAAAUUGACCUCUCCCAAGUCGAGUCAGGCGUUGCCAUCUACCCAUCCCCUGACAAUGUAGUCCCGGUGGGCCAGGUCGCAGGGACAGCCCUCGAUGGCUGUUUCAUUGGUGCUUGCACAACCGCAGAAGAGGAUCUGAUUAUGGCUGGUAUGGUCCUCGAAGCUGGGUUAAAGAAGGGCUUGAAGCCGGUCGAGCAUGGCCGGCGGAUUGUUGUGCCAGGCUCAAAACCAAUCAGACACAAAUUAGAAAGAUUGGGGUUGAUUGAAAUAUACAAGCAAUGUGGCUUUAAGGUCGGUGUGCCUGGUUGUAGUAUGUGUGUUGGCCAGGGCGUGGACCAGGCAGCGGCGGGCGAGAAGUGGCUGUCCUCACAGAAUCGGAAUUUUAAGAAUAGAAUGGGACCUGGUUCCAUUGCGAAUUUGGCCUCUGCGGCAACAGUGGCUGCUUCUUCCUUCUCCAUGCAGAUGAGCAAUCCGCGCGAGCUACUUGACAUGAUUGACAGAAAUAAGCUUAAGGAGUAUCUUGGAUAUGAGCCAUCGGAGCAGAUAUCUCCGGUUUCUGGGAAUUCCGAAACGGACACAAGUAAACUGCUGUUUUCAGAACCAUACGGCACAGAUGAGCAUACUUCAAAUACUACAGACAGAGCUAUUCCUAAUAUCAAACCCGACACGAGUGAUGACGUCGUAUUUGCAGACGAGGGUUUAUCGACAGCAAUUCAAGGCAAAGUUCUUAAGCUUGGCGACUUUGUUGACACCGAUGCAAUAAUUCCUUCCAAAUUCCUUGCGUCGUCCAGAACAGAUGAAGAGCUUGGUUCUCACUGCAUGGAAUUUUUCAUGUCUGGAUUUCGACAAUUAGUCCGUGAUGGACACGACGUGGUCGUCGCAGGCCGGGCUUUUGGCUGCGGGUCGUCGCGCGAUGUAGCAGUCAAUGCUUUACUCGGGGCGGGAGUCAAGUGUGUAAUUGCGGAAUCAUUCUCAUUUAUCUAUUCCAGAAAUCAGCCGAACAUUGGGCUCCUGGGAAUCGUCAUCAAGGAUAAAUCAUUCUUCGAAACCGCCAGUCAAGGAGAGCAGAUAUCAAUCGAUCUGGCUACAAACACUGUAGCAUGUGGUGGGCGCAAUUGGGCCUUUCAGCUGAGCGAGAUGGAGAAAAGGCUUAUCAGCGUCGGCGGUAUGACAGAAGCAUUUCGAAAGUUUGGCAAACAGGUCUUCGAUGUCAUGUGUCAGCCUAGGAGACCUUCUUCCCAUUCGGUUGUUGCUGAUAUAGAGAGUUUGAAUGUCUAA